GCAGCAGGACCCGGCGGAGCAGCACGGAGCAGCGGUGCGAGAAGCAGAGUGAGACCGAGGAUCAGCAGCGGAGAAGCGGCGGAGGCUCCGGUCCUGUCCGCCGGACUUUAACUCUGUUCUUCACCGUCUUAUUCUCCGAGACGAAAUUACGGAGUUACCCAGGAGUUAAAGUGGGAAAAGAAACACCGACACCGGCAGCCUGACAGCCGCCGCCAUGAAGAAGAACAGCACCGGGAAACACCGGGUGAGUUUGAGCCGAACCGAACCCGAGAGAGGCGGGUUUAUUUAUCCCGUUAACCCGGAGCUCGAGGAACAAAGCCUCCGGAUUAGUUUUUAAAGCUUUAUUUUGAAGGAAAAUCAUCAGACUCUUCUUCCGGAUUUCAGAAUAAGGGCAUUAAAAUGUUAAAAAGAGGAAAAUAAUAAUGUCGUUUACGGUCCAAAAGUCAGAAAUAGAACUCGUUCUGUAUGUGUUAACACGGGUCUAUGUGGACCUUUGGGAUGGACCGAGCCCUCUCUGUCUGUCUGAAGUCUUGUUCUGCUCUGGAGGAGGAAAAAAUGAAAUAAUUCAGGGUCUUAACUUCACAAACUGUUUCGGUUAAAAAGAGACUCCAGAGACAGAGACUGACCACCCAAGAGAUAAACCAAGAAGCUGUCGGUGGUUUAAACCGGUAAUCUGCUGAGAGGAUCCGGUUUCAGCUACCGGACAGUUUAACGGAGUUACACAACGGGACCGAAUAAAACGUGAUUAAAGAGACAUGAGAGAGAGAGAGAGAGAGAGAGAGAGAGAGAGAGGAAUAAAGUUCCUCUACUGUCAGGAUUAAGUCUAUAUGUAACAGACUAAAGUCUUUAUGAGAAUAAUCAGAAACAGGAAUAACAUUAUAACAACAACAACAAUAAUAACUUUAUUUGUAUAGCUCUCUUAAAAACAGAAGUUUACAAAGUGCUUUGACAUAUAGUCAUAAAGCACAUAGAAAAAGAUGAAAACAAAAAGCUUAGUUAAAACAGAAUUAAAGGUCAUUUUCAUGUCAUAAGGAACCCAGACAAUACAAGAACCAUGCAACAUAAAAUAAGACCAUAAGGACCAAAAUAAAAACAUCAAAUAGGUAAGAAGAAAGAAAGUAAAGCUCUAAUGUUAAAGAAGAAAGAGAAAGGAGAUAAAUGUCAUGAUUAUUAAGUGUUACAGUAGGACAGACGGGCGUUUUAGAAAAGUCAUCGAGAAUCAGAAAAGAAAAGAUGAUAAAAAAAAAGUCAUCAUGAUAUUGAAGUGAUUAUCUAAACAGGAAUUAAGUUAUUCUGUGAAUAAAGUCAUCAGGUCACAGAAUUGAAGUCUUUAUGAUGGGAAAGUCUAAGUGAGAGUAAAACGUUUAAAUGAGAGUAAAAAGGUUAAAUGAGAGUAGAAAGAUUAAAUGAGAAUAAAAAGGUUAAAUGAGAGUAAAAUUGUUUAAUUUGUUUUGUUUCAGUGAGGUAGUUUUUAUAUGAACUCAGUUACUUUAAAAAAGCUUCAGUGUAAAUGUUUAGUCUGUUUCAUCAGCAGUAUAAAACUCCUGACAGUAGCUUUAAGUCUCAUAGUUAAGAACACAGCUGUCAUGAGAAUACCUGUAUGAUGUCUCACAGUCGUAAUAUUAGUGAAUAAACAGCCUGACUGUGACGACCUAUCAGAGCGUUAAAGUCGACCACUCGUACCUGUUUCUUCUGACAUGACAGAGUCCACUUCUUCCAGGUCAGGCUGGUUCUCUCUUUAGAAAGUCUCAGAGUCCUGAUUCAUUUGAAGCUCUGAUACUUGAGAAACCUUUACUGAAGUAUAAUUAAACUCCAUAUUCGUCGCUGCUAAUUAAAGUACAAGAGGACGGCCCUUUAAAAACAGGUUCACUUUCACCAAAACCAGGACUUUAAGACCACUUUACAUUCAUAAACCUGUGACUCUAAUCCAGUAUCAGUAUGACUGUGUUUUUGUGCAGGGACUAAAACGUCAUAAUCAUACGUUUUUAUCUUUCUUAUGUCUUUAUUCCUGUAAUAUUACAACUUUUAUCUUCAUAAUACUACACUGAAUCCCUGAAAUCUUAAUGUUGUUUUCAUUCUCUUUGGUACGAUCUUCAGUGUGAAGCUCCUGUGAGGAGAUUUUAAGCAGUAAAGAAACAGACAUUUACACUGAAAGCCUAAAAGGAAAGACUGGCCCUAAUGUGAAGUUUACAACAGGAGCUUUAACUAGAAACACCAAGAUAUCACAGACGCCAGAAUCCCACUUUAUUUUUGACCAACAGAUGCACUAAUGUUGCUCUUCUUUAGCCCCAUCCUCUUUUUCAAAUAUGGUCACUUCCGAAAUAAACUAUAAAAUCAAAAUCCACCAUUCCUGACUCUGGAUUUAAAAUCAGUGCUAUAAAACUACGGACCAAAUGUCGGCUGCUUAUUUAUGUGGUACAGGUGUGAGUUAGGACGGGGCUACCUGUGAUUGACAGGUUGCUAUAACAGUUACCUGAAAGGGUCAGUUUACUUUGAUCAGCUGUUUACUGUUGUCCCUACAGUCAAGAGAUUGUGUGUGUGAUUUACAUGUGUUAUCAGGAGACGCUGAGGCUUCAGACUGGGUGUGUGUGUGUGUGUGUGUGUGUGUGUGUGUGUGUGUGUCUGAAUGACAAUAGAUUGACUCGUCUCAGUCCAGACACGGAGCUGAGACUCCUCUUUUCUCCUCCUCAACCCAAAACAAACACAACCCCCCAUCAUCAUCAUCAUCUUCAUCAUCAUCCUCUUUGUCGCCUCCUAAUGUUGGGAUUAACCAGCGGAUUAAACUGGUCUGAACUCGUUACACUGGGGUUACACUGGUGUUAAACUGGGUCAUUGUUUUGUGAUGAUCCACCUCGUUAAGUUGAAGAGUUUUCCGAACUCUGCGGACUGUUUUGACUGGACCAUUAUAAAACUUAAGCCUUGACAUGAUUUCAUUUACAUACAUUCAUUUUCCCGCCAUAGAGCCUGCAGGACUCUGCCCCCUCACACGCUCAGCCUGAGAAGGUCGGCUGGAUCAGGAAGUUCUGCGGGAAAGGGAUCUUCAGGGAGAUCUGGAAGAACCGCUUUGUGGUUCUGAGGGCGGAUCAGCUGUUCAUCUGCGAGAAAGAGGUGAGCCGAGGGGGGGGUAUCUGACACUCUGUCAUGUGAUUGGUGGAUUAAUUGGUUAAAAACAGGCAUCCUGUCCUGUCAUCUUGUUAAGAGAUUUAAUUAUCACCUCGGUAACCAGGUGAUGCUUCACAGCAUGAGACAGACGGCGUUGCCAUGGCGACAUUUCCUGUGUCUGCCCUGUGGUUUCCCCUCACCAGCCUCUGUCGCUCCUUGACGAACAGAGUUUCAGACAGAACAUGAAGCUCCAUCCAACCAAUCAGUUAUCAGGAAGGUUAUCAGGAUUAGUACCUCAGAGUACCUGUGAGUACUCUACAGUUCUACUACUGAAGGAGAACAUGAAUCAGGCUUCUCAGGGUUCUGUUGUUGUUUUGGUUCUGACUCUAAACACAGAGUUCCUCUCCAACCGUCUGCAGCUCCUUCUGCGGGAGUCGAGUUUCAGAGACACCGCUGAUCCAAACACAGAGAGAGAGAGAGAGAGAGAGAGAGGGGAACAUCAUGAGAGAACCUUUAUCUACAGGGGAACAUCAUUAUAGAACCUUUAUCUCCAGCAGAACAUCAUUGUAGAACCACAUCAGUCUGAGAGAGAACCUUUAUCUACAACAGAACAUAAUCAUAGAACCUCAUCAGUCUCAGAGAACCUUUAUCUACAACAGAAUAUCAAAAAAGAACCGUAUCAGUCAUAAAGGGAAUAAAGGGAAUCUCAGAACAUCAUCAUAAAACCUUUAUCUACAGCACAACAUCAUUAGAGAACCAAAUCUGUUAAACAGAACCUUUUUUCCAUCUAACCUAAAGAACUGACAGAGGUAAUGGCGUGCGUACACAGAUUAUAGGUAUUGACCCUUUAAUGUCUCUCCUGUUUACUCUAACAGCUGUGAUUUCAGUCUCAUACAGGUAUGAUAUCACAACUGUGAAUGAUUGGAGAAUCAUAUUAAUGAGUGAAUGAGGAUUAGCCAAUCAAAUCACUGUAAGUGUGUGGUUCAGGUCUAGUCAGAGAACUGGGCUGUCAGGGGUCCGUGUGAGUCCAGAAUGUUGUUCAUCCUGGAUAAACCCGGUGCUGUAGACGUACUGAUGAGUCUCGGGGAACAGGAAGCUGAAGUAAUCACCUCUUCCUGAAUCUGAAGUUGUUUCUGAGCUGAUAGACCAAAAUCUGAAACUUCUGCUUUAGAUGAAGACAGAGGAGACGGAGAGAAGUUCACAGAUGUCCGAUCAUGACUGAACAACAUCUCAACUUUCACCCUCUGCUGAAGAAGGUCAGCUGAUUCACCUUCUUAUCUCAGAGGGUUUGAAGAACUUAAACAGUUCCUCUCAGACCAAUCAGACGUCAGCCAUCACAUGACACAAGAAGCUCUGUGAGAACUGUCUCACAACCAAAUUAGGGCGUCUAGCUGUGUUUGUGUGUGUGUGUGUGUGUUUGUGUGUGUGUGUGUGUGGACAAUCAUAUUGUGUUCCUCUUCUGUGGUGAAGGUUGAAGUCAUGUGAUGCUUCUCUUCAGCUCUACUUCCUGAUUUACUCGGAAUAGAAAUGCUGUGUGUCAUCAGAGAGCACACACACACACACCACACACUCUGACCACAUCUUCUUUAGGUUUGAGUCACUCUCAGUUCCUCUGUUAGUCAGUCAGUGUGGCGUCUCUUCCCGGUCAGUUUUAAUUACUUGUUAUUGACGAUUGUUGAUAAUUGAUCAGAUCUGUGCGGGGGCGGUGGGGGCGGCGGCGGCCCGGCGAUCCAGAACAUAAAAACAGGAAGUUCCUAAUCCGUCUGAACUCUUUGUUCCUGUGUCAGCCUGUUACUCUGAAUCUGCUGUUAGAAACCUGCUCUCAAACCGUCACACACAUUAAUCUGCUGUUUAAUGAGCUCUGAGUGUGUGUGUGUGUGUGUGUCCUCUCUAAAUAAGGCCAUUGAUAGGAGAGGUCGGGUGUUGGUGAGCCAGGAGUGGGGAGGGGGGGGUCGGCUCCAUGGCAACACAGGCCUUCAUAGCCCCCCCCCCCCCCCCCGACAUAGGUGACAGCAGCCAGAAAACAGGAGUGUGAGAAACUGUGAGCUGAGGCAAAUGUACUCAAGUAGACUCAGAGUGAACUAGGCUUUUAGUGCACUAAAGGUUAAUCAUAAGGAGAGGAUCAGGAGGAGAGAAAAAGAGGAGAGAAAAGGAGGAGAGCAGGGAGAGGAGGAGAGGAAAGAGGGGAGGAGAGAGGAGGAAGAGAGAGGAGGAGAGGAGAGAAGAUAGGAGGACAGAGAAAGUGGAGAGAUAGGGGAGAGGAGGAGGAGAGAGGAGGAGAGAGGGAAGAAGAAGAGAGAGAGGGGGAGAGGAGGAGGAGAGAAGGAGAGGAGGGAGGAGGAGAGAUGGAGAGGAGAGAGGAGGAGGAGAGGAGAGGAGAGCAGGGAGAGGAGAAGGAGAGAGGAGGAGGGGAGAGAAGGAGAGAGAGGGGAGAGUAGAGCAGGGAGAGGAAGAGAGGAGAGAACAGAGGAGGAGAGAGGAGAGCAAGGAGAGGAGGAGAGGGGAGGAGAGACGAGGAGCAGAGGAGAGGAGGAGGAGAAGAGGCGAGAAGGGAGGGAAAGGGAGGAAAGGAGAUAGGGAAGGAGCAAGGAGAGAGGAGGUGAGAAGGAGAGCAGGAAGAGGAGGAGAGAGAGGUGCAGAGAGGAGGAGAGGAGAGGACGGGGGCAAUUUCCUGGAUGGGGUCAUAAUGAGUGUGUGUGUAGGUUCCCGGACUCAGGUCUCGGUUCAGUAGAACCGUCAGUAGAACCUGGUCCUGAACUUCAGACUGUUUCCAUUAUUUAUGCCCAUAGUAAAAAAAAAAACCUCAGGACCAAUCAGAUCUGAGAGAGUGAGAGAACUGAGCAUGCUCAGUCAGGACGGGUUUAUCAUGAUCAGUGUUGUCUGUAAAGAGGUCAAAGGUCAGAGACCAGGUUACAUAAGAGUUCUGUGUUCACUAAGUAUUGAUUAUUGAUAAGCUGAUGAAGCAGGGACAUCAUCAUGAAGGUUACUACAGCCAGAGAUGGGGGACUGACCUCACACACACACACACACACACACACACACACACACACACACACACACACACACACACACACACACACACACAUUAACUACUGCUAACAGAAACCCUCCAGCAGAUCAGACACAAAGAUGAGUGUGUGUGUGUGUGUGUGUGUGUGUGUGUGUGUUUGUGUGUGUGUGUUUGUGGCCUCUCUCCCAGGAAGUCUCAGUUCAAAGCUGGUUAAUUAUGGAUGUUGUUUCCAUGGAGAUUAACAAGCUAAAGUUAACCUGCAGACCUGAGCCACUGCAGGAAACACGCUAAUACCUGCUGAGUGUGUGUGUGUGUGUGUGUGUGUGUGCAGCUCCGUCCUGUCUGAGUUCAGUGUGUUAAUCUAAACUUUGUGUGAGAAUCUAAAUGAUCAAAGUUUUCUUUUCUAAAAACUGAAACUGGAAAUCUUUAGAGGAACAGGGCAGCACACUACUGCAAAACAACAACACACACAUAAACACACACACACACACACACACACACACACACACACACACAUACACACACACACAGUCCCCCCUUAGUGAGGUCAAGCAUAAUAAACCAGCUGUUACAGAAACUACAGUCUGCCACUGAUCACAGAUCUGCAGAAACAAAACAAGAGAAGAAGUACACAGAGUUAGAACUGUUGUAUACAGAGUCAGUACUGUAGUACACAGUCAGUACUGUAGUUAUAGAGUCAAUUCUGUAGUAGUAGUGUCAGUAGUAUACAUUCAGUUUCCUUCAUUUAUGGAGUAUUUGAGUAUGGAGAGUACUUAAUGUGUCUGUCAUUCACCCUGACUAUCCUUGACUGAGAUGGUAUUUUAUUUUGGUAGUUUACAGGAAGUGUUCCGGCCCUGGAGACUCUGAUGAUGACCUCUGUUACACCUGUGUUACACCUCAUUUACACCUCUGUCACACCUCUGUCACACCUGUGUCACACCUGUGUAACACCUGUGUUACACCUGUGCUACACUUGUGUUACACCUCUGCUACAUUUCUGUCACACCGGUGUUACACCUCUGUUACAUUUCUAUCACACCUAUGUCACACCUGUGUUACACCUCUGUUACUCCUGUGUUUCACCUGUGUUUCACCUCUGUUACAUUUCUGUUACACCUCUGUUACACCUGUUCUGUGUGUGUGUGUGUGUGUGUGUGUGUGUGUGUGUGUGUGUGUGUGUGUGUGUGUGUGUGCAGCUGAAGGAGCUGGGCAGAGCUGAGGAGGUGUUGGAUCUUUCAGAUUACGAGCGCUGUGAGGAGAUCAGGAAGAACAAGAGUCGCAGCAAGAAGAACCACAGCAAGUUCCGACUGCAGCGCUGCAGCUCACCUGGAAACACGGUACACCUGCACACCUAUUUACCUGUACACCUGUUCACCUCUGUCCGCUCACCUGCAGGUUUUUGUGUUUAGGAAAACAAACUUCAAAUAUCAAACAGGCCCAGUUCCUCUGAAUGAUCAGAACUUUAAGAGGUAUCUGAAGACACUGACCUGCUGCAGGACAUCUGUGAACUCCUCAAACCUUCAGCUCAAUCAGCUGAACCAGAAAAGUCCAAUAACCAAGGAGAUACUGGUUCGGGCUGCUCUGACAGAACACACCUGUCUGCAGACUCCUCAGGUCAGAGCCGGGCCCCCUUGAGACUGAUCCUGACGUCACAGUUAUCCAGAACCAUCACCAGGGUUAGACCUCAGAGGCACUUCCAGAACCUCCAGAAAACUUAAGAGUGAGCUGUAAUCAUAGAACUGUCCCCAGAACACCCCACACACACAGACAUAGAAGAAAGCAGGCAUAGACAUAGACACAGACACAGACAAAGAAGAAAACAGGAAGAGUGUGUGUGGAUCAAUAAUCAGAGAAGAGUCAAUCUUCACAAACUGCAACACAACAGGAAACACACUCACAGCUGACACACACACACAUACACAAACACACACUCAGCAGAUAUCUGCAGGCCAUUCCACAAAUACCCAGAAUGCCUUUGGAAGAUCAGGUGUCCUGCAGACAGGUGGCAGCUUCUGUUACACACACACAACAACACACACAAACACACACACACUGCUGCUGUUUCUGAAUCCUCAGUAGGAGACACAUCUCCAGAUGGUCCUGUGUGUGUGUGUGUGUGUGUGUGUGUGUUGUUUCAGAGUAAAACUUUCACUGAAAACACUCUCAGCUCAAACUGUUAAUGGAAAAUAACACACACACUAACUCACACACACACACACACACACACACACUCUCACCACUUGUUGUGCCGUGUCUCUGCAGGUCCCUAAUCUGGAGUUUCUGGCGGUCAGUCCUGAGGAGAAGGAGUCCUGGAUUAACGUCCUGAACGCCGCCAUCUCGCGGGCUAAAAACCGGAUCCUGGACGAGGUCAGAAGACGAACUCUUAGUCUGUUUUUAUAAACACAGACAUUCAGAUAUUUUUAAAUAAAGACUCUCUAAGGGCCUGUGUCCACUCAGGACUCUUUACUGUGACCUUUGACCUGCUCUGUCAGACUCAUGUCCAUUUUUUAACGAUGUUCACACAAACAGAGCUAACAUCAUCCAGGAAGUGAGGUCAUGAUCAGAACCUCCAAACUUUUAACCCUUUGGUUCUGAAUAAGUUUCACGUUCAUGAACCCGUCUGUCUGUCUGUGAUCUCAGCUGCUCGACAGCCUUUUCCACCGAUCGAUUCUCUGAUCAAUACUCUGAUCAAUACUAACCCCCAUGUUUUUUUCCUGUAAAUACAGCGUUGAAGUUAGUUUUAGGUUGGAUAUUUGAAGGACAUUCACUGAGGAUCUACCACUGUCUUCUCACUCUCCAUAACUGGGAAUAACAACAGCAGCGCGUGUAAAUCUACUCGGCACCCUCACUAUCAAUGUCAGGUGUUGAAUAAGGGAACAAUUAAUAAGUUACCGGUUGAUGUUUUCAGAAACAGGCAUGAAAAUCUCUCACCUUUCUGCGAAAUUCGCCGUUUUGAAGUCAAAAAGGGUGACCUACAUGAAUCGUGUAGAUCCGAGGAGAAAUUUCUUUUGGGGGGGGUUAUUAUUAUCAUGUGAUUGACUUAAUACGCAAACUGAGCACUUCAGAAAUCAGCCCUUUAAAUCACACUUGGAUGGUCAGGAAAUCCUCCUGGCUGCUUCGCUGACGAGAACCAAUCAUAGGCCAAACUGCGUUCCAUUAUUUCAAUCAUGCGCACACUCUUCACUUGUACUUGGAGUGCUUGGAGAGCCUGUGGUAGCAUUGCAAAGCUGCGAGAACGAGAAGCAGGACUUAUCCACGCUGGUGUUGUGUCGUAGAAUGCACCCCUGCCGUAGAAUGCCCCCCUGACGAGUGCGCAGUUGAAAGUACAAAACAAAGUGAAAUAAUCCAAGUUUUCCUCACCGUUGGACGGAUUCAAAAGCGUGUGCCUUUAAUGACUUCAUUCAGGUUAUUCAGAUAAGCCGAAAACAAUAGCCCUCUGAUUCAGAAUAUUUGCUGUCCCGAAAGUAUAUUGUUCUCUACCUUGACAUCUUACUGUACAGUUUAUACACCCAAGUAUACCUCGAUAUGUGCAUUUUUGAGACACAUUAAAACAGAACGAAAGUUUUCUAGUAGUCAUGAUCCAAAUACUCGUGUCUUUGUAAAAUAUGAGAUAAUUUUUUUCCACUUAAAGAAGCUAAUGAGUGGACGGGAUGCAGGGGUGCAUUCUACGGCACAAAACCGGGGACAAGGCAGACCAGAGCGUAGCGUACACAUUUACCUGCAUUUACCAGCAGAUUGAAUUUGGUGAGUAAUGGUUUCAAUCGUUUUCAUAUUUUGUGGUAUAACAAAGUUACUGCCGUUCGCUACAGCUUGCGUUGAACACUGCCAGAGCUAGCCAAACCUCCAGAGAAAAAAUAGCUCCCGUUUGCUUGAUAUUAAGUUAGCAUCAGGCUUGUGUAGUUAAUGGUAACAUAAAAGAUGAAACACAAGCUUCUUUCUAAUAUCUCUGUAAUUGGUAUUUCGGGGACGUGUGAGGAUAAUAUUCAGGUGAGGGGCUGAAAAGGCUGAAGGUGAAGUGGUAAACUCUAGAACUUGUUAUCCUAUGCUUUGGCCCAUGCUUGAAGCCUUUUGUGACAAAAUAAAAACAUGUGAACCCUGGUCUUUUUAACACUCCUUUUCGCCGCUGAUGUUAUUUAUUGAUUCAUUAAAACGUAAUGGUUUUGAGCCAUCUAAAUAGCGAAAGCGGGCGUCUCGCAUUUACUGCUCUGGCUCCAUCCAUUGACAAGACGGGGCGUCAGUUUUUUUCAGCGCGACAUAAGCGUGAGAGAAGACAACAGGGAAGAGUGUGUCUCGAAAGGCUUUCCGUGUUUAGACCAAAAGCUACUAAAGCUGUUGUGUAAAUCGCUAUGUUGCUAUUAUUUUUAUAUGGCUGUCAAGAAACUGGGAGUGCUCAGCAGGCAAAGAAGCAGGCUGCUGAAAGUGAGAAGCACGCAAGGCUGAGACAUGUGGCCGCUCAGCGUAAAAGGCCAUGGAGAAAAAAGAAAAAGUGAUCAGUUGGACUUGGUAUUGGAUCUAUUGGAAUUGCAUGUAUUGUUCUCCAGUCUGAUAGGGUAUACAUUGAUCUAAAGUGCAGGAUAUUAAGUCUUUAUUUUUUUUUAUUCUGUUUUCUUUUUUUCUCUUUAAAUUAUUAUUGUUCAUAUGGCCUUGUACAAACACCUCUCUCUGACUCAUUUAAGUCAUUAAGCUUCUGUGAAAGUAAACUUUGUUUCUAAAUAAAACAUGGCCAGCACAAGAUGCGUAUGUGUGUGUGUGUGUAUGUGUGUGUGUGUGUGUGUGUGUGUGUGUGUGUGUGUGUGUGUGUGUGUGUGUGUGUGUGUGAGACUUGGAGUGUUUUUGGCGCCUCCUGCAGAUCAUGGAAACACAGUGUGGGUGGACAGAGCUCAAUAUUUUGUUGGGUUGUACAGUGUACCGGUAUUUGCUCGGCACCCUUCUCACCUUUUCAACCCCUGACCCAUUUUCAUGCCUGCAGAAAAGGCUGUUUUCCUUCAAUAGCUUCCAUGUCAUGUGACCAAAACAUUACAAACAUUAUUUGAUCGAUUUUCAUUGUUCCCCUAAAGUUCUUUGUGUGCUCCUUACUUUUUCAACUUAGGAGGACAUGGGAACAAAGUUAGUGUCGAGCCCUGUAGUCUGUCCACUUUACGUGUAAACUCUCCUGAGCUGUCUGCUGAUGUCACAGGUCAUCGUCGAGGACUCUCAGCUGUCCCACCUGACCAGAGACCGAGUCAAGAUCCCUCACAACCGGAGGCUGCCGACUAGAGGACACCUGCUGGCUGUGGUAGGUAUAAGCGCCAUCUUCACCAUCAUCUCUGUUUUCAGCCCUCAUCUUCGUCAUGUUAUUUGAAACUGUCCAGGUGUGGUUUUCACUGACCUCCUCUCUCCUCCUCCUUUACCUCCUUCUCACCUCCUCCUCCUCUCUUCUCUCUCCUUCUCCUCCUCCUCUCUCCUCCUCUCAAGUCCUCUCUCCUUCUCUUCCUUCUUUCUCCUCUCUCCCCUUUCCUCCUUUACCUCCUCCUCUCUCCUCCUCCUGUCUUCUCCAUCUCCUCCUCUCUCCUCUGCCCUCUUCCUCCUUCUUCUCCUCCUCUCUCCUCUUCCUCCUUCUUUCCCCCCAGGCCUCCACCUCCUCCUCAGAUGGGAUGCUGACCCUGGACCUGAUCCAGGAGGAGGACCCUCAGGGGGCCAACGGCUGCGGCGCCUUCAGGGUCAGCAUGGACAAACCUCCGUCCCACCUCAGCCCGGACUGUCCCAGGUCCAGAACCGACGGCGCUCUGUCCGUCCGGACUGCAGAGGCUUCUGGGAAAUCCCAGAGCCUUCCCCGGGAGGUGGCGGUGAUGUGGGAGCAGACCAGCCCUACCUACACUCCUCAGCCCGGGAAACGGCUCGCAGGGGCAGAGAAAAACCGCUGCGCCUCCAUGGAUGAGAUCCUGACGCACUCUGAGAACAAAUCUGUGAAGAACAAGAACCGCUCCUCGCUGUGCACACUGAGCGGCACGGCGGCGGCAGCGCCACCUGUCAGCCAGCUACAGGACCUGAUUAGUCAGAAACUGGAGAAGACGGAGCGGCUGCUGACGGAGGUGAGGGGGGAGGCGGAGGGGGAGGCGGGGAAGACGAAGGGGAAGGAGUCGCCUGAAGGGAAACGAGCUGAAGCGGAGCGGCUCCUGAAGGAGGCGGCGGCGGUCUGGAGUCAGGCCCGUGAGGUUCUGGAGGAGGUGAAGGAGCUGAGGGAACUGUACCAACAGAUAGACUCUACCUCCAACAGAACCAAACUGGACCAGGAUGGCAAGAGUCCAAAGUGAGCCGCUCCACACCCUCUUUUCUGGUCUGAACCAGAUUAUGCUGGACUGGACUGGAUUACACCGGAUCAGGUGGAUCUGGACUCAGAGAUUUUAUUGGGAAAAGAACCAGAACCUGCUGACUGAGUUCGUUGGACCGGAUCAGAAUCAGCAGAACCAGCAAAGGUUCUGAACCCUGGACCCUGGUCUCAGUCAGGAGAAAAGUGCCAAGCAGAGGUCUGGACCAGGGGAGACUGUGAGGAUCCUGGAUCCUGUGGUCUUUCUGUCCACUGUAGGUCCUCAUGAAGACCCAUCUGACGUCUCUGUCACAGAAGGAACCAGGUCUACAGAACCGAGUCUAAAGCAGCAGAGGAAGAGUAAAACCAGACAGAGAAUUGGGCCACUGAAAGAAAAAAAGGUCCAAAAUACUGAUUCUAAAUUUUUUAAAAUACUGGGAUCAGAAAGUUCUGAGUGAAACGGUCGGAACAGAACUGGUCCCCUCCUCGUCUGAAGGUCCAAUAGUCCAAACUCUGGGAUUCCUCUAUCGCAGCGCUACC